AUGCCACCAUCCAAGAGAAUACCUCAGGGACCCAAUACCAUUUCCAUUCUCAUAACUACUGAUAAUCAUGUUGGGUACCAUGAAAACGAUCCGAUAAGAGGCGACGAUUCCGGCAAAACUUUCGAGGAAAUCACCCGUAUAGCGAAGGAGCGCGAUGUAGAUAUGGUGGUACAAGGCGGAGAUCUCUUCCAUGUUAAUAAACCAUCGAAAAAAUCGCUUUAUCAAGUAAUAAAAUCUCUUCGAUCCAACUGUCUCGGAGACCGUCCCUGUGAAUUGGAAUUGAUAAGUGAUCCCAGCAUGGCGUUGACGCUGGAUUUUCCUGGUGUAAACUACGAGGACGAAAACUUUAAUAUAGGGGUUCCUGUGUUUGCAAUUAGUGGAAAUCACGAUGAUGCCACAGGUGAUAGCCUUUUACUGCCUUUGGAUAUUUUGGCAGCUUCAGGACUAGUCAACUACUUUGGUAAGGUGGUGAACAACGAAGAUAUAACGGUAGCUCCACUUCUUUUCAAAAAAGGUACCACAAAACUAGCAUUGUAUGGCAUUGGAAAUGUUAAAGAUGAACGACUCCACAGAGUGUUCCGUGAUAACAAAGCCACAUUCUUACGCUCCAGCGAUGAGCCUGAUUCGUGGUUCAACUUCUUGUGUGUCCAUCAAAACCAUGUGGCUCAUACCCGAACGUCAUAUAUACCCGAGAACUUUCUCCCCAAAUUCAUGGAUUUCGUACUUUGGGGCCAUGAACAUGAAUGCAUUCCAGAGCCUAUGUACAACCCUGAAAUGGGAUUUGACGUACUACAGCCCGGAUCAUCUGUGGCUACAGCUCUUUCACCGGGAGAAAUGGUCGAGAAGAACGUGUUCAUCAUGAAUAUUCGUGAUAAUAAAUACUCCAUUGAACCGGUCAAACUCAAGACCGUUCGCCCGUUCAUUAUGGAGGAAGUUGUACUACAAAAAGAAGGAUUCGUGCCAGGUCCAGCUUCAAAAGAUGAUGUGUCCAAGUUUCUCGUUAAUAAAGUCCAAGAGCUCAUUCAAAAAGCCAACGAAAUUGACACAUCCGGCCAGUUGCCGUUAAUACGCUUAAGAGUGGACUACACCGGUGACUACCAUGUUGAGAACCCACGACGAUUUUCCAACAGAUUCGUGGGCAAGAUUGCGAACGUCAAUGAUGUGAUACUACUCUUCAAAAAGAAGAAUAACGACUUGGCUGUGACUUCACGGCCGAAAUUCGUCGACCAGAGUAACGACGAGGUUCAGCCUGAGGUUCAGCUUGAAGACUUUUUCGAGGAAUUCUUGAAGCAAACUAAUUUGGCUCUAGUGCCCGAAGAGGGUAUCAACUACGCUGUUCGCAGAUACAUUGAAAACGACGACAAGACUAUUCUCCACAAGUUUAUCGAGAAGGAGAUUGAGGUAGAAACGAAAAUGCUUCUUGACAUGGACAUCGAUAAAAACCACCUAAAUCUUGAUGAUGAACAAGCAGCCAAACGAGUGUUUAAGGAAAUUCUCGGUAAAGUGAAAAAUGAAAGACCAGACUGGAACAAGACUAUCAGUGAAAUCAGCAAUUCGAAGCCUGUAAAAGCAAAAGCGGUCGCAUCAAAAUCGAAACCAAAACCACAAGUCAAAAAACUGGCCAAGAGUGCCAAAAGCGAGUCAAUAGUAUUGUCAGAUUCAGACGUUUCUGAUGAGUCAAUGGAAGAGGUGGUGAGUGAUAGUGAAGGACUGGUCAUAACAAGUGACGAAGAAGAUUUGCCUGAGCCACCCAAGAGUUCUGCUCGCAAUGGGGCUUCAAAGUCGACUGCGAGAAAGACUGCCACUACAAAACCAGCACUAAAGAAGCCAGUGGCUCCUCGAAAGAAAGCUAGCACCAAGGGAAAGAAAACAGAAACACAAGGAAAAAAGUCUCUUUUAGAUGAUAUCUUGAGUAUGGGAAGGUAA